AGUAAACCUAUGCCUUCCCCAGUCUGCUGCUCUCGAUGAACCUCCGUCAAUGCAGCACCUCGUGACUAUUCAACAUCCCUAAAUCAUGAGCAACACUCUCAGGCACCCUGUCUGGGUCCCCCACGACGCUCCGUCCACCAACGUCGCCAAGUUCAUCGACCAUGUCAACAAGCGGCACGGCCUCCAGCUCCAGACAUACGCGCAGUUGCAGGCCUGGUCCAUCGGCGCCACGACAUUCCAGGAUUUUUGGCAGGAGGCAUAUUCAUGGCUGCAGCUUUCGCCGCCCGGAACGAAAGGGCCGGGGGUGAUGCUUAACGUCCAAGACCCGACCACCACACCACUCUUCCCACCCCCAACCUUUUUCCCCGCUGCCAAGCUCAACCUUGCCGAGAUCCUCCUCCGCAACGGGAAGGACACCGACGUGGCGAUCCACUUUGCGCGGGAGGGUCAAACGGAUGUCGAGCGCGUGACCUGGGGGAUGCUCCGGGCGCGGACGCGGGCGGCGCGCGACGCUUUACUAAGUUCGGGUGUCGGGGCUGGAGACGUGGUCGCCGCCGUGAUGGGCAAUUCCGUUGACGCGAUUGUCUUGUGUCUGGCGACGCUGUCUGUAGGCGCCGUGUGGUCUUCGUCCUCCUGCGACCUGGGCGUCGAGGGGAUUGUCGAUCGGUACGGGCAAGCUGGGCCGAAGGUCAUCUUUGCGGACGACGGUUAUGUCUAUGCGGGAAAGAUGGUGAGCUUGGGAUCCAGGAUUGCGGAGUGGGCGAGGAGGGUUGGCGGAAAGGUUAAGGGGCUUGACCAUGUGGUGGUGCUCCCGUAUUGUGGGGUGGAGGUGGAUGUGGCAAGAGUGUACGGCGGAUGCACUUUUGAGGAGUUCCUUUCCCGGGGCGUGGGGCGGAAGAUGGAGUUUGCGAUGUUGCCGUUCUCGCAUCCUGGGUUCAUAUUGUAUUCCUCUGGGACGACUGGAACACCCAAGUGCAUCGUCCAUUCCGCUGGCGGUGUGGCUCUGAAGGUGAAGACGGACAUGAUAUUACAACACGACGUGCGCCCCGAUGAUAUUGUCUUCCAGUACACAACCACAUCCUGGGUGAUGUGGGUUCUUAACUUUGUCAAUCUCUCCUCUGGAGCAUCCAUGCUCCUCUACGACGGGUCUCCCUUCUAUCCCACUCCCACAGUCUUGCUCCAACUCGCACAAGAAACAGGGGUGAGCAUUUUCGGUACAUCCCCCCGCUACCUCGAAGAACUUCGCAGCCGAAACAUCGUCCCACGAAAACAAUUCGACCUCGGCAGACUCCGCGUCGUCACGUCCACCGGCUCUACCCUCUCCGCAGACCUGUACACCUGGUUCUACAACAAUGCCUUCCCGCCACGUGCUCAACUCGUAUCCAUGAGUGGCGGAACAGAUAUUGCCGGCUGCUUCGUAGGCGGAACACCCAUCCUUCCCGUCUUCUCUGGCGAGAUCCAAGCCGCGGCCUUGGGAAUGGCAGUCGAGAUCUUCUCAGCAGCGGAAACGGAACCGGUAUCUGUCGAGGGGUUGGGCGAGCCUGGCGAGCUGGUCUGCGUACGGCCGUUUCCCUCCCAGCCACUUCAGUUCCUCGGCGCGAUGGGGAAGGAGAAAUAUCACUCAUCGUACUUUGAGCGGUUUGGCACAAGGGUAUGGUGCCAGGGGGACUUUGUACAGAGGGUUAGAGGCACUGGUGGGUUUGUGAUGCUGGGCCGAUCGGACGGCGUUCUGAACCCCUCGGGGGUGCGCUUUGGCUCGGCAGAGAUCUACAGUGUGACAGAAAGGAUCUCUGAAAUUGCAGAUAGCAUCUGCGUGGGGCAGAGAAGGGAUGUGGAUUCCGAUGAACAGGUGCUUUUGUUCAUCAAGAUGCGGCCCGGGAAGAAGUUUACAGCCGAGCUUGAAGGGCGGGUCCGGAAGGCGAUCAAGGAGAGGUACACCCCACGCCAUGUGCCGAGGUAUAUCUUCGAGGUUGCGGAUAUCCCCUACACAGUCAACGGGAAGAAGUGCGAAAUCAAUGUCAAACAUGUGGUCAGUGGCCGGAGGGCCGUGGUUAGCGGGACAGUGGCGAAUCCCGAGGCACUGAAGCUGUAUGAGCGGUUUCGAAAUCUGCCAGUGGAGGGCGCGGCGGCUGUUGCAAGGGAAAAGAAACUUUAAUAGGCUAGGUGUAGGAAGGAAGAAGCGGAAACAAGUGUAUAGAAAAAAGAUGAGCUGGCGGGUAAGGUAGGGCAGGUAGGCGAUUUAUCUAUAAAGAGGGC